ACUCCGAGCUCGGAGACCGGAGCGUGAGGACGCUGGCGACUCGGGAUCCCGCCCCAGCCCUGGCCAUGGCGAUGCAUUUCAUCUUCUCAGACAAGGUGGUGCUUCUGUUUGAUUUCUGGCGUGUCCACAGCCCUACAGGCAUGGCCCUCUCCGUGCUGGUCAUCCUGCUCCUGGCUGUGUUGUACGAAGGGAUCAAGGUCGGCAAAGCCAAGCUGCUGCACCGGGCUCUGGUGGGCAUGUCCGCCCCCGACAGCCCCCAGGUCAUCCAAGAGUCCCAACAGGAUCUUGUGGGCUCAGAGUCAGCUCCAGCCGGCGGCUCCUGCCUCAGGUGGUUUCUGUGUCACUUUGGCCAGUCUCUGAUCCACGUGGCUCAGGUGGUCAUCGGCUACUUCAUUAUGUUGGCUGUCAUGACGUACAACACCUGGAUCUUCUUUGGCGUGGUCCUGGGCUCGGCUGUGGGUUACUACCUAGCAUACCCAUUUCUCGGCACGGACUAGCUGGUGAGGGCUGUGCAGGCGUCGAGGGCUGGAGAGGAUGGAGCCUCUUGCUCCAGAUGUUGUACCUCCAAGCCCAUGUCUUGUCUUGGACGGCUGUUCCUCACUGUGCUCCCAGCUUCUGGAAACUUCCAGCUGCAGUUCAGAGGCCACUGCCACUGCCAGCCUGCAUAGGGCCCAGGCUUAGCCUUGCGCCUUAGAGCUGCUGAGACCAGAAGAGAACGAAACGUAGGGGCAGUGGUCGCUGAGUCUACAAUGACUAGCUCCAAUUUUAAUUUAGAAUUUCCAAAGAUUUUCAAGACAGGGAGAUGAAGUCUGGGUGGUGAAGAGUAAGGAACCUGGAUCCUCUGCUCUGAUGUGUGCCUUAUUUAAAGGAGCCUCUUCCACUGGACUUCUGGACCUCUUGUCUCUGGGGGACAGAGACCAAGCUGGCUCCUUUUCUGUCGCCCUUCUGCCUUGGAACAUGGGAAGAUGACCUCUUCUCUGGGUCAUGUGCACAGACUAUGAUUUUUCACUUUCCCAAAUGAACUCUGGUUGGCAGUUUUGCACAUUAAUACUAAAUUUUUAAGGAAAUGAUUUCAUUUUAUUCACGCUGGAUGGCAGCAACUGAUGGGACCUCUUUUCCUUUUUGGUGCAAAAAUGAGGGCUGAAGAGCAUUCGGAGAGUGAGCUCCUCCCAUUGGGCUGCACUGUCUGCAGGAGGAAGAGGCCCAGGCCUCCCUGGGCCCUCCCUGGGGUGUGGGGAGUGCCUCACGGCCUUAGCGCCCUCAGAACAGAGAACGCACUGAAUGGUACUCAGAACUCAGCGCCCUCCUUUUAUGAUGACUGCUCUGGCCAAGGGUCUGGUGGGGAAGUUUCCAUUCCCUUCAUGCUGAGACGCCCUGGGGAAGAGUGAUGGAAGGUGCAAUAGCAGUCAAACCAAAGUGUUACAUUCUUAGACUCGGAUAGGACUCUCCAGAUUUUGAGCCUUUCUUUAGAGGAAAGGCCAGGAGAGCCCAAGAGGCAGGAAACAGCUGCUGUGGACUACCUGUGCUCAGGUGCCUCCUGAGCUACAGAAUAGGCGGCCUGGAGCCCUGGGAACUACAGGGAACACACUGUUGAGUAGUCUGUGCCUUCUGUUUGUCCCAAUCCCAGCGGCACCCCUGUAACAACUGGAGGGAACGAAACUGGCUGCGUGGCUGGCCAAGGGCUGAGUCUGUCUGCUGUGAGAACAACAGUUUCGUGCUCAGGGAAGCCCAGCCCUGAAAGGCUGUGCCCACAGGCAGGCACCCCACAAUGCCAGCCUGGUCUGCAGUCACUCUGUUCUUGUAACACACUGAAUGAACCAGGGCCACACUGAGGAAAGUAAUCGUCAUGUAGCCUGUCAACAUCCCUGUUGGCUCAGCUGUCCAGACCGGCUCUUCCUGAGGGGAGAGCAAGUCUGGCAAAACCACUUUUUAAUUUGACAGUAAGUUUCCCAGGAAGUAUAGGGUUGAUGAGUACACUCUCCCCAUAUUCCAGUUCUUCAGGAAAUGGGAAGCUGCUCCGUGCCACACAGCGUGGGCGUCUAGUGGCGGGCUGCCACUGAGCCGCACGCGUCCCUUUGUAGGUCCUGCCCCGCCGCGGCUCCCUCCCCGAGAGGGCUUUUUCUUUUCCUACGGUCUCUUUAAACAUGCCAGUACAUGAGGCUUUUAGAGUGUGGAGGGCUUUUAAGGCAAAUCUCUAGCAGGACUGAUUGUACAGUGAGACACAGUGGGCAUUUCACCAUUCUUCAGAGCCACGUCACAGAGAUGGCAUUUUCCCUACACAGAAUUUCUUUUCGACGCCUACAUAGCGCUUACUCCAUACUGGGUGGUGUUCUAAGCACUUUACAGUAUCAACUCACUGAAUCCUCACAAGGCAGAGCAGAAGCUGUUGUCAUUGCCUUUGGGGUGAGGAGGCUGAGGCUCAGAAACAGUCACCCAGCUGACAAGUGGCCUCGUGUCUGCUCUUACCAGUAGAGCCAAGAGGCUUGUGCUCCGUUUUACCAUAAUGGGGCAGCCACUGCUUCAGGGACUCGGCCGUGUUGAGCUCAGCUCCUGAGUGUCACUGUUGUUACCCCAGCCCGGGGAUGGUUAUUCAGGCCAGGGAACCUGGAAUCGUGGUCAGGACUAGGGUUCUUGUUCCGUUGCUUACUAGCCACGUAACUGUGAAUACGUUACUCGACUUCCUGAGCCUCAGCUUCUUCUGUAAGAUGGGGACAGUCAUGUCUUCUGUAGGAUUGCUGACGACGUGCUGAACUACAGUUUGUAUUAGUUAAACACAAACACCAAGUUUAAUAACGGGGUACCACUGCUCCCUGCCCCCUCACAGGAGAUGGGCUCAAAGCUGCCAGCAGGAGAGAUGUCUGGUCAGGUGAUGUGGAAUCUGGGCUCCUAGCUUACGUGCAUUUAAAUCAGGGAACAAUUUCUAUUAAAAUUCUGCUUUCUGAAAACGGGUUAUGGUCUUUGGAAAAUUCUGGAGUAAAGCAAAAUAA